AUGCACUUCCGCGCAAUCACCGCGGUAAUAGCCGGCGCUGUCGCCUCGGGUGUCUUUUACGCUUACAACGGCAACCAGCCCGCCGCCAAUGUCACCUCGCCCGUCGACCAGGCCCGGAGCAUCUCGACGGCUGCGAACAGCGAGCCCACCAGGAAGGCCCUCGUCGUCGGCUCGGGCGAGCUGUACACGGGCACCAUCACCGGCUCGGGCCCCAUCUCCAAGGACACGGACGAGAGUGGCCGCAAGGUGCUGGAGAUGCUGAACCCGGAGCAGGCCACGGCCAAGCUGCGCAAGAACGAGGAGUCGUGGCUGGUCGGACGCGGCCAGGGUGUUGUGCGCUACGACGUGGUCCAGAUUCCAAGCAACGACCCAAUAGAAGACGACCACGCCGAGAAGAUUAUCGAGGUUCCGUCCAACCUCGCCGCUACCGACAAUGGCGCUGCGGCGAGUGACUGGAUGUUCUGGGGCGUUUUCGACGGACACAGCGGUUGGGUCACGUCAGCCAAGCUCCGCCAGACUCUCAUUUCUUAUGUCGCACGUGAGCUCAACUCAACCUACAAGUCUGCUGUCGAGGACCCUGCGCUGCACUUCCCCUCCCCAGAAGCCAUUGACAAGGCCAUCAAGACUGGCUUUGUGCGUCUCGACAACGAGAUCGUCUACGAGUCCGUCAAAAAGGUGAAAAAGGCACAGUCCAAGAUUGCCGCUGCCGAGCUGCUCGCCCCUGCCCUUUCUGGCUCAUGUGCUCUACUUUCAUUCUACGACAGUCGAUCAAAGCUGCUCCGUGUUGCGUGCACAGGAGAUUCUCGUGCUGUGCUUGGCCGACGAGGUUCCAAUGGCAAGUGGACAGCCACACCGCUUUCAGAAGACCAGACAGGAGGUACCACAAGCGAGGCAGAACGGCUACGCAAAGAACAUCCCGGCGAGCCCAAUGUCGUCAGGAACGGACGCAUCCUCGGUGGUCUGGAGCCUUCUCGUGCUUUUGGUGACGCCUCGUACAAGUGGUCUCUCGAAACCGCCGAGGAGUUGAAGAGAUCUUACUUUGCUCGUACGCCCUCUGCACUGCUCAAAACUCCUCCUUACGUGACCGCCGAGCCCAUCAUCACCACGACCAAAGUCGAGCCCGAGAAGGGCGACUUCGUAGUCAUGGCUACGGACGGCUUGUGGGAGAUGCUGACUAAUGAGGAAGUCGUCGGCCUUGUUGGCCAAUGGCUCGAUGCUCAGGGCAGUCCAAGCGGUCAGAACUCGCAGACUCAGUCUUGGCUGAAAAGCUGGUGGUCGACGCAGAAGCAGCUACCAGUCGAGCAAAAUGGAGCUGGAGGUGGAGAAGGCCAGCGAGCGCCGAUACGCCAGCGACAGUGGGGUACCAAGACCAGCAUGAAUGAGAGGUUUGUAGUCGAGGACAAGAACGCAGCGACACACCUUGUGCGGAACGCACUCGGUGGCAAGGAUCAAGAUCAACUCAGCGCGUUACUUACACUACCAAGUCCCUUUUCCCGACGAUACAGGGACGAUCUGACUGUGGAAGUCAUCUUCUUCGGUGAUGGAGCUUCUAAUGGCAAUGUCACGUUGAACCAAGAAGCUAGUGCCGUUGUAUCAGAGGUCAAGUCGAAAUUGUAG